UUGAAACAGAACAAAAUAAGCAAACACCCAAAAGAGGGAUCAAAAGCUAGAAGAGGACACAAAUGGCAGCCAAUAAGCUUUUUGCAGUGUUUGUUAUGUGCAUUGUUGUCGUUGCAGCAAUGCAGCUGCGCCAGGUUGAGGCUGCGGAAACCGAUUUUAAGUUCAAGGACUGCUUCAAUACCUGCGAGAAAGAAUGCAUUGACGGUGGCCAAGGCAACACCUUCUGUGAGAUGAAGUGUGAUGCUGAUUGUGGUACUAAAGAGGUUGCUGACAAACUAAACAUUAAUUUGAAGUGAUUCAAUCAAUCAAGAAGAAGAAAAGGCAUGCAGAUUUACUUGAGAGAGAGAGAGCUUAAAUUGGGAGAUGAAUAAUACAUCUUAACCUUUGUCCAAGAGUUUCUU